AUGGAGACGGGCAGGAGCCGCGGCGGCGGCGCGGCUGUCAGCGAGCGCGGCGGCGCGCGCGCGGGGGUCUGCAGGAGGCAGGAGCAGGCCGGGGCCCUCGCUGCAGACAUGGACUCGCAUUGUGAGUGCGCCGCGGAGACGCCCGCCGCAGAGCCGCCGUCGGGGAAGAUCAAUAAGGCUGCGUUCAAGUUAUUCAAGAAGAGGAAAUCGGGGGGCACCAUGCCCAGCAUUUUUGGGGUCAAAAACAAAGGGGAUGGGAAGAGCUCGGGGCCGGCGGGGAUGGUGAGAAGCAGGACCCACGACGGACUAGCCGAGGUGCUGGUGCUGGAGGGCAGCAAGAAGGAGGAGCCGCCUGGCGGGAGCGAUCCCAGCGGGGCCCGGCCGAUCCCCGGACCCCCCAAAGCCUCCGGGCCUGGCCUGGGCUCCCUGGCCAGCAGCUCGGUGGCCAAGUCCCACAGCUUCUUCUCCCUGCUGAAAAAGAACGGGCGAUCGGAGACCGGCAAGGGAGACCAUGCCGAGGCGAGCAAGGCUGGCGGCAAACAAAAGAGGGGGCUGAAAGGGAUCUUCAGCAGCAUGCGCUGGCACCGGAGGGACAAGCGCGGCAAGGAGGAGGAGGAGAAGGCGGCGCGCGCGGCGGGCCCGGGCAGCCUGGUCCUGCCCGGCUCGCUCACCGCCAGCCUGGAGUGCGUCAAGGAGGAGCCGCCCCGAGCCGCGCGCCGCCCGGACAGCCCGGGCCAGGACGCCCCGCGACACGCAGCAGGUGAGCCCGCAGGGGGAGAGCAGGCGCCCGCGUCCGCCGAGCGCGCCCCGGAGCGGACCAGCCGCGAGGCCGCGAGCCCCACCGGCCCUGGCGAUCAAAGCUCCCGGGGAGAGGACGCCGAGGGGCAUCGGCGCGCGGAGAAGCCCGGGGCAGCCCUCGAGUCGGGAGCUGGUGAGGUCCAGGCGGCCGAGGAUGCGUCCAGGACAGGUGACGUUCCGAUAAAGACCGUCCCCCUUGUCGACUCCGAAGGUGGCAGCGGCCGGGCGUCUGCCGUCCCUGACCCUUCCUCUGUUGAUCCACCCUCAGACCCGUCGGCAGAUCGUAUUUGUUUGAUGUUUUCUGACGUGACUUCACUGAAAAGCUUUGACUCUCUUACAGGCUGUGGAGAUAUUAUUGCAGACCCAGAAGAAGAGGCAGGUCCCAGCUGUGACAAGCAUGCCCCCGGGCCAGGCAAGCCAGUUCUCUCUAAAAAGAACCCCAGCGUGGUGGCCUACCAAGGAGGAGGGGAGGAGAUGGCCAGCCCGGAUGAGGUGGACGACACCUAUCUCCCGGAAUUCUGGGACAUGUUGUCCCAGACUGAGGACCAAGGGCAAGGAACCCAAGAGGGCGCGGCGAAGGCAGCCACUGCUUCGGACACCAAGUUGGCCCCUGAGACCUCCAACGAUGUGCGGUGUGGGGAAGCCUCCAAGGACGUGUCCUCAGUCAAGCGCAGGAGGCUCCACAGGAUUCCCAUUGAGUCCCAGCAGAAGGAGGAGUCCAAACACUUGGAGAAGGAGCAUCAAGAAGGUGUCCCUAACAGCGACGAGGGCUACUGGGACUCCACCACUCCUGGCCCAGAAGAAGAGAGCAUUAGCAACAGCAGCAGCAGCAAGAAGGUGGUCACCCCCAGGGAUAGCGACAGUGGCGAUGCUCCCUGCAAUCUCUACGUUGAACCUGAAGCAAGCCCAGCCUCUCUUCCUGCCACAGACGACCCACCCUGCUUGUCCAGGCUAAAGCCAGUGUCUCCAGGCACUAUCACCUGUCCUCUGAGAACCCCGGGCAGCUUGCUGAAGGACUCUAAAAUCCCUAUUAGCAUCAAGCAUCUCUCCAACCUUCCUUCUAGCCAUCCGGUGGUGCACCAGCAGCCAGCCAGGAGUGAGGUGCCCAGAACAAAAAUUCCUGUUUCCAAAGUGCUGGUCCGCAGGGUCAGCAACCGGGGCUUGGCUGGGACCACCAUCAGGGCAGCAGCAUGCCAUGACAGUGCCAAAAAGUUGUGAGGUCCCCAAGGCCAAGGAGGAUGGAUGGGCCAUUUGUUAAGGAAUACAACUUUCCCCUGGAAACCACUGAAGGAAGUUUCGCUUUCUCCAAAGCAAAUCAUUUAGGACCCACCCUUCUCCAUAUGGCCUAAAAGUCUUUGUUGGAGACAGGGGCAGGACACCCUGGAAGGGGGAUGUUACACCUGGAGUUCAGAUAAGUUUCUGAGAAUUCUUUUCUAGCACCUUCCCUUUCCUUUUAACCUUUUCAGAAGAUCUGGGCUUUCUCUCUUCUUCUUCUUCUUCUACUUCUUCUUCUUCUUCUUCUUCUUCUUCUUCUUCUUCUUCUUCUUCUUCUUCUUCU